AGGAAGUAUCGCGUUGUGGAAAAAGGUAAGAGUCGGAGAAGAGAAGGGAUAAAAAGGGGAUUCUAGGGUUCCUCUAUUUUUCCUCUUCUUUCCUUCAUGGGAAUAGCUUCGAACUUUGAAGACUCAGAUCCUCUUUCUCGCCUCUCCACCAAACAAUCUCACUUCUCUCCUACCCUUUUCUGAAAAGGCUAUUCAGUUAUUACAUAUUUACAGAAAAUACCCUUGGGAAUGGAACCGCAGAAGGAAGAAGAAGACACCGAUUUGAGAAUGGGAGGGAGAGACAGCAGCAACAGCAGCGACGAUGACGAAGAUGACGAAGAAGAAGAAGGCCUUUCUCCUCCUCCAUCCACCCAACAGAAGACGACUCCUGCUGCCGCUGCUACCCCUCCUCAGCCGCACAUCCAACAGGCCCAGCAGACGCCGCUCACAUCUCUUCCCACGUCGACCCAACAGAUGGUGGCCCAGCAGCUCGUCUGCCUCAAAAUGGAGCCGGUUGUUGAGGACCGUCGGAUGGAAUACGUCCCCGUCAAACGCCCCUUGGUCCAAAGAAGAGUCUACAAGGACAGGCACACCAAGGUGGAAGGACGAGGCCGGAGGAUCCGUAUGCCGGCCAUAUGUGCGGCCAGGAUCUUCCAACUCACCCGAGAGCUAGGGCACAAGUCCGAUGGCGAGACGAUACGGUGGCUGCUUGAGCACGCGGAGCCGGCCAUAGUAGCGGCCACGGGGACUGGCACGGUCCCUGCUAUCGCCACGUCCGUUGACGGAACCCUCAAGAUACCGACACAAUCUCCAGCCGGCGAAGACGGUUCCAAGAAGAAGAGGAAGACGAGUGAAAAUCAGCAGCACCAACAACAGCAGCAGGUGUCUAUUUCCUCGGGUCUGGCCCCGAUCAGGCCUGCCUCCGUUGCGACGCAGAGCAUGGUGCCGAUGUUCGCCGUGGGCGGUGGCGCAGGGGGAGGCGGAGCGAGGGUUAUAACAUCAAACGCCGCUCCGAUGGCUACACAGACCUUUUGGAUGAUUCCUCCUUCGACCAACAUCGCCGGGCCCUCGAAUCAACCGCAGGUGUGGACGUUCCCAGCGCAGACGUUCCCCGGCCAGGGAGCGCCGAUCAUAAACCUUUCUGCGAGGCCGAUCUCGACCGUCUUCUCCGCCAUGCCUGGAUUGAACCUCGCCGCCCCCCUCGAAAUCCAAGGCGUCGCAGCCAACACCGUUUCCGCCACAGCAGCUAAUGCCGGGGGACAACAGGAGCUGCAGUUCAUGGGAAGCUCCACAAACCACCGCCAGCAAAACCAGAAACCUAAUUGAGAUUGAUCUAACGGCGGAGAUUUGUUCUUUAAUUUUUGCUCUUUUUUUCUUUUUCUUUUUUCUUAACAGUGUUUUGAGAAGGUGUUCUGAUUUCCAUUGGGGGGAGGGAGGACGGAGAGGGGUUUGGGGGUGUGGCACGUGCGCACGUGGGAGUUGAUCGGUGGGGUUGAAGUUUAACUCGUGUUAGUGGGGUCGGGUUAGGCGGAGGAGUCUGUUGGUGGAGAAGUGGGCCCCCACUAGGUUAGGAGGGAGGUGGGUGGGUCAACAGCUAAGCUGCUCGGUGGACCGUGCCCUGUGGGCCACCACGUGUCGGGCAUGUGAUGCUCGGCGCGGGCCCCUAGGGUGGGCUCCCAUCUGUCUCGGCCAGCCCACCUCGGGUCUGACGCGUGGUGGUCCCCACGCCUCGUAUAACAAUGAGAGAGAGAAUAGAGAAAGAGAGAGAAAGGCAACUGGGCCCUGCCAGACACGCGUCUGGUUGUCAGCUAGGGAUGAUGGGGGACCAUAGCUCACGCGUACGACACGUGGCAGGGCGAAUAUGCGGUGUGGAUUCCUUUUCACAAGGUAAUGUGGAAAGGGAAUACGAUCAUGGGCCAUUUUCUUAUUUUCUUCCUUGAAAUGGGGCAAGAGAAAUGUUUCUAGCUUCUGCAAACAUAUGAUGAAUGUAGCUCUGAUUUUUUUUUUUUUUUUAAAUUUUCCUUUUUAGCUUUUUUUAGGCGUUUGUAACCGUUCUUCAGAUCUAAUGCAUAUUUGGCGAAAUG